AUGGCGUUUUUCAACAGCCUUGUAGUGGACCAUUGGCACUCGCUGGAAGGAGACGAGGGCGGAAGACGUGACGUGGUUCUGAAUGGGCGCAGUCUGAAACUUGCAGACGUCGUCGCAGUUGCACGGCUUGGCUUGUCCGCAACACUGUCGCCUGAGGCAAACGAGAGAAUCUCAAGAAGCGCCGAAGCCAUCCAGAAGAGUAUCGACAAUGGAGAGAUCAUCUACGGCGUCAAUACAGGAUUUGGCGGCAGCGCAGACACACGAACUCAAAAGAUUGAGAAUCUGCAACGCGAGAUCAUGCGCGGUCUGAAUUACGGAAUCCUGGACGGCGACCUAUACUCAACACCAUUGUCCCUCGCGAGGGCUGAAAGCCGAACUAAGCAGCACAAUGACACAGUACUACCUUUGGACAACAAGAACAGCAACCACAUGCCCGCAUCCUGGGUCCGUGCCACGAUGCUCAUCCGUCUCAACACUCUUUCGAAUGGCGCCUCGGGCGUGCGCGUGUCUACGAUCCAGACCCUGUUCAAGAUGCUGCAAGAGGACGUCGUCCCGAUAACCCCUCUCCGAGGGAGUAUCUCUGCGUCUGGUGACUUAAGUCCUCUUUCAUAUGUUGGUGGCGCGAUGUGCGGAAAACCAAACUUAUCCGUCUGGAGCAGUGGGAAGGUAACCACCGCAGACCGAGCCCUGCAAGAGAAAAACAUCGAAAAGGUUCGCCUUGGACCAAAAGAAGGCCUGGCAAUCGUGAAUGGGACGGCGGCAAGCGCAAGUGUAGGGGCUCUUGCCAUGCACGAAGCCCUGAAUCAGGCAGCAUUGUCACAAGUUCUGACUGCGAUGAGUGUUGAAGCGCUACUUGGAACUGAUGAAAGCUUCGACACCUUCUUCUCCGAGGUCAGACCGCAUCCUGGCCAAGCCGAUGUUGCAACUGCCGUGUCAGCACUACUGAGAGGAUCGGAUCUGAUGCAAAAAGGCGAUGGUUCGGAGCAAAGCUCUCUACGGCAAGACAGGUAUUCAUUACGAACUACACCGCAGUGGAUCGGCCCAGUCUUGGAGGACUUUAUGUUGGCGCACCAGCAAAUAGUCACUGAGUUGAAUUCUGUCACCGACAAUCCAUUGAUCGAUACCACGACGACCCCAAGCCAACCCAGAACGAUUCACGGGGGAAACUUCCAGGCGCGCAGCAUCACAUCCGCCAUGGAAAAGAUUCGUCAAGGAGUGCAAGGCAUAGGCCGCAUGCUUUUCACCCAAUGCACUGAGCUCAUUAACCCGAAUACAAGCCGCGGCUUGCCCCCAAAUCUCGUCUUUGAUGAGCCUUCCGAAUCAUAUAUUUGGAAGGGCACCGAUAUUAUGAUUGCAGCGUUGACGUCUGAGCUUGGUUUCCUGGCGAAUCCAGUCGGCACGCAUGUUCAGACUGCUGAGAUGGGAAACCAAAGCUUGAAUUCACUCGCACUAAUUUCCGCGCGGUAUACACUGGAGGCGCUUUCUGUCUUGACGCAACUGUCGUCCGCGCAUCUCGUCGCCUUGUGCCAAGCGCUCGACCUGAGGGCGAUGGGCCUGCAGUUCCUCGCAAUGUUGGAACCGCUUUUCUGUCAGCUCUUCGCGUCAAAAUUCGGAUCUGAUUCGUUCAUAAAAUUGAGACGAGAGGAUGAAGCCACAACGGAGAAUGGAAUUUGUUGGUCAAUAUUCACACAGCGCCUCGCUCAAGUAUCGACCCAGAACACGUCGUCGCGUUUCAAAACCGCGGUUUCGGCCGUCUCGUCGCAUCUAUUGCCUCUUCUCAGUCCAGAGUCGCUUGCGACAUUGCAGAUAUGGGCUACAGAGGCAGAGGACCUUGCGCUACGGUCGUUUCAUGCGAGCAAGGAUAUCUAUCUUGCAAGUCCGGAUGCCACUCCCUAUGUAGGCACUGCAGCGAGGAAAAUGUACGACUUUGUAAGAAACGAACUUCGCAUCCCGUUUAUCUGUAACGAUUCGAUAUCCACACCGCAGGACACUAUGGAGAGCGGAACAAGUUUCUUCGACGAGGGACUAACGCAUCAAAGGAAGGGAAUGAACAUGGGCGAUGUAAUCACAGAGGUUUAUCGAGCGCAGCGCUCUGGUGAGCUGUACGGCGUUGUUGUGGAGUGCCUGAAAGAAGCAGGACUGGGACGUACAGGCCUCGAGAAAGAAUCACCAACAUUACUCGCAAAGCAAGACGCAGGCGGUGCAAACGUAAAUUUGAAGAGGCCGCUGGUGGAAGGCGACGGCGGUCUUGCGGACGAACAUGGCGUCGAGGUCCGAGAAAGGGCGGAGAAAAGGCGAAAGAGCAUGAGUGCCUAG